GUGCUGGUUCUUGGUUACUCGAAAUGGCAACCACUUAUCCACUAACAAGAUUUACCGGCAUAGAUAUUUCUCCAAUUCAACCUGGUUAUAUUAAACCUAAAAAUGCUGAAUUUAUUGAAGCAAACGUAUUAGAACGUUUACCAUUUGAUAAUGAUACUUUCGAUUUUGUGUUUCAACGAUUAUUAUUUGCCGGAAUUCCUGGAAAUGAAUGGCAUUCUGUAAUUACUGAACUAGUUCGCGUAUUAAAACCUGGCGACACUCAUAUAUGUUACAAAUUACAACGUUAUUUAGAACAGCAAAAACAACUUCAGAAUGUUCAUUUUGAAAUAAAAAAACAUUACGAUGGUGAAGAUGCUGAAAAGUUAUGCAGAUUGGCGGCUGGAAAUUACGCUACUUUUCUCGAAACUAUGAAACCAAAACUUAUGAGCAUAAUUGAUGUUCCGAGUGAUGAAUAUGACGAUUUGGUCAAAAAUAUGAAAAAUGAAAUAAUAGAACUACAUUCUUUUAAUCCACAA